AUGAAUAUUCUUGAUGAAGAGGAUUAUGCAGCUAGAGAUACAACAAGAAUUAACCAUAAGAAGACUUCUCUCAAUUUUGCAAGAAAAUGGUUUGCAAGGUCAAAGGGCCAGUGGUUAGCUGAUGACUUAAUCAAUACAGAAGCCAAAGCUUUUCACGAGAAUUUAUUUUCAGAAGAAGUCAGUGCUAAACCUUAUUUUUAUAACAUUGAGCUUCCAAGUUUAAGUGCGCAACACAGGAUUAUGCUAGAGAAACCAUUUUUGGAAGAUGAAGUUAAACAGGCAGUUUGGGACAUCAUUAAACCAGAAUUAAUGGCAGUUGUGGGUGAAUUUCAGCAUACAAAGAAACUAGAUUGGAGGCUCAACUGCACCAACAUAAUUCUUAUUCCAAAAUAUGAAGGUGCAGUUAGUAUGCAUAAUUUUAGACCCAUCAGUCUUAUUGGUGGAAUCCAUAAAAUUGUCUCUAAAUUGCUGGCUGACAGAUUGAAGAUGGUGUUGCCUUCUAUCAUCUCAGAAUUUCAAGGUGCAUUUGUAGAUAAUAGGAAGAUUACUGAAGGAAUUCUAAUUGCUUCAGAAUUGGUAGAUGCUACAGAAAGAGAUAAGAUAGCAGGUUUCGUGGUGAAAGUUGAUUUAGAAAAAGCUUUUGACAAAAUAAGUUGGAUCUGUCUGGAUUACACUUUAACUAGGUUUAGUUUUGAAAAUGUUUGGUGUUAG